AUUGGCGAUCACUUGACCUAUGGAAAAGUUUUUUUUUGUCAAUGUGUUAUAAAAUAGCGAAAAAAAGAAAAGUUGUUAGUUUUGUGCGAUUGUGUGUGUGUGUGGUUUUUUUCGGUCGUUUCUUUAUCGGAUUUAUCUUAUACCUAUUAAGAGAGAAAAAAAAAGGCUAAUUAUGAAAUCCAUUAACGCUACACCCGUCAGCGUCAUAGUCACACGUUUGUAGUAAAAUAUUCGACAGAAUUAAUAUUUAUACCUAUUUUUUCGCACCAUCGACUGAUUCACGAAUUUUGAUCUGAUGCACGAUCAAGUGCUACGAGAGUAGAUAAUACCUAUAUCUACCUAUCCAGAGGGGGAGAUGGAGAUACCCAUUUCAUAUCUUACUUCACUCGUCGUUGCUGGUACGCGAUUGUUACGGAAUUUAAGAAGCGAUUAAGUAUUUAUGCAAAUAACGUUAAUUUGUUUUUGGAAACUCGUUAGAAAAAUGACAUGACUCGUUGGAUGUUGGGUUGCUGCGGCGGAAACAGAUAGGCGACUUACGUAUAGCAAAACCUCGCGUAUUUCGUGUGACUUGUGACUUAGGUCAAGUUUCGGGAUUCGAGCGAUGCUGCGGAUGCGAAAACCUAGGGUAGGUGUGAUUCAUAUACCUUGAUCUGUUUGUUGGACAUGUUCAAUGCAUUUGUUGUUGAUCUCUGGAUUAGUUUGUUCGUAGUAUUUGACUAUAUUCGUUAUCGUCGGUGUUCUAUUUUAUACUUACGUACUUUUUAGCGAGAUUUUUUUUCGAAUAUUGUUAUACUCGUAUUAUUUUCGCAGUAUCGAGUCGAUAAAUGUAGAGGUAUUUUAUUCGUGCGCGUUUCUUCGCUGUGAUUUUUUGUACAUGCCUUUGCGCAGUUACCAAUAAAAAUACCGUAAAAAUGAUCUGCUGUUUGACCAUAGGACAUGGAUUUUCCUGCACCACUUUAUUUAUUAGCGUUUUAAUUUUUCAGAUUCAAAACGAAUAUGUACGUGCUCAUGGCAGGCUAAUGGAGCCUCCAGCUCGGAAUAGUAUGUGGCGAUUCGGAUAUCCGAAUCCGGUCGACUAUAACGACAAUGAGCUGUACUGCGGUGGAUAUUCAGUGCAGUGGUUGCAGAAUGGAGGUAAAUGUGGCUUAUGCGGUGAUCCUUACCACCAUCCAACACCUAGACCGCAUGAAGCCGGCGGGGAAUUUGGAAGAGGUAUCAUCAGCAGACACUAUUUCGCUGGUCAAGUUAUCGACAUAGUCAUUGAAUUAACAUCCAAUCACAGAGGAAGAUUCGAACUGUAUCUUUGUCCGAACAAUAAUCCAAAAUACGAAGCGACACAAAAUUGUUUUGAUAGGUUCCCACUAUUUGUUCAUGGCACCCGAGAAGUAAGGUAUUUAAUACCGCCAGAUUCUAGUAAAAAAGAAACUUUUUACUAUAAGGUUAGGUUACCACCAUAUUUGACGUGUUCGCAAUGCGUACUUCAAUGGACUUAUUACACUGGAAACAUGUGGGGUAAAUGUGAAAAUGGUACCGAAGGUUUAGGAUGCGGACACCCGGAGACGUUUAGAAAUUGCGCCGAUAUUAGAAUAGUGAGCAGCUCAUCCGGUCUACCACCGCAGUUUGUAAAUGAAUUCGCACAUUCGGCCGCCUUGUUGUCCAGAGAGUAUUCUGCAAAAUCUGGUCCUCAGUUGUCCUAUCCGAGUGUUGUUAGCUCACAAGUAUGCAAAGCUAGUAAAAGAUAUCAAAUUAUUGCUGGCAUGGAUAAAUGGUGUCAGGCAAAUUGUGUAAAUUUUCCAUCGGUUUGCCCGAAAGAUUUCUGUACUUGUCCUGAAUCGUGUUCGGCUAUUGGAGAAAUUGCGGACGAACCUGGAGCAGAUGAGUAUUGCCAGGAUCAGUGUAUCGUCUACGGAGCUCAGUGUCCUAAACAUCGAUGUACUUGCGAAUGAAUCAUCUUGCCCCCCAGCUCAGCUCACCUAUAUUCGUAUUAACGUUGUGAUAUGUAUUUUUUUUAUAUUGCAUUUUACAUAGGCCUACUUCGAUUUUUGUUCUUCCUUCCUAAAUACAAUUGUGUACAUUGUA